AUGGACUAUCUCGCGCGCUUGAUCGCAGGCGCAGCCGCUCCAAAUAAACCGAAGACCGACACUCCUGCCGAACGAUUAUCGACGUGUAUCAAGUUGUGCAACUCUUUACGAAAUUUGUGGCAGCGAGGAAGUGUUGGACCGGAAGACGAUGCUGCGGCCAGUCGAGCAGUAGAACUGCUAACGCGCCUCAACAACCUCCUAACCGAUGAGUCAAGGAAAGCAGCGCCACAUUCGUGCUUGCUGCAUAUCAUUACGAACCAAACAUACAUCAUCAUCGUCAAGCUUGCCUUGGAGUCACAGAAUCCGGACGUGAUCAACCACACUGCUCAGUUCUUCCACAUCCUCAUCAAUGGCGAGGGCGAAGGCCUGCUUGACAACAAGCUGUUCUCUCGGUCCCUGCUGGAUCUGGUCAAGAGUACGGUGACAGGCUCUCAGAUUUAUGUGGAUGUAGAGACCGAGAAUGACUUGAUUGAGCUACUGUUCGAAAUCGCGACCAAGAUCCGCCUUGAUCCCGACAUUCUAUCUGCUUGGUUUCACCCUGAGCGAGACAGGAGUCGGCCACGGGCGCCUGCCGAUGUUAGGAGGAAUCAGUUCCCCCUGUUCUUCGUCCUGGUGCAGUACGUCCAUGACGAUGGCCAGACGGGGGACUUCGCCCGCACUGGGCUACUCUAUCUCACCGAGACCGCAUCGAGGUCCAAGCAGCUCGAGACCUGGAUGAUCGAGAGUGAUCUGGCACCCCAGAUGGCUAGUGGCCUAGGUGCCCUGUACAGUCGACUCAGCAGACAAUUUCCACCACUGGAAGCGUCUGAGAUGAUGAUCCCAAUCAUCGCUCUUUCCGAUGCUACUCCCUCAGAUUCGAGGUCGAAAGAGACACGAGACGGAUUCACCCGGGAUCUAAAGGAGUUCAUGACCUACCUUGCUUUCUGGCAAGACACUGUCAACCGGUGCAAAUCUCAAGAUGUGGAAGACACCUUACUCGAUCAUUUCCAGGUUCUCUUCGUCCAGCAACUUCUUUACCCAUCACUUCUGGAAUCAUCAGACGUCUCUGGAGGCUCAACUGCUGCGGUCAUUGCACACCUAGCACGAAUACUAAUGGCUUUGGAGCCCCAGAAACUCGCCCAACGCAUGCUGCAGUACCUCUUGGCCGCCAAAGCCGCAGAUCCGGACAACAUAACCAAACGCCCCAGGGCACGAUUCUCGAUGAGCCGGCGCAAGUCUUUGGAUACCCUCGCAGCUCUUGCCGAAGCAGCUCAAAGCCCGUCUCCUGACCUAUUCAAUCUACUUGACCUGAUCACUAUGAGCCUGAAGUCAAAGCACUCUUACACCGUCAAUUCGUGCUUGAAGCUGCUGUCGGUGAUUUUGACUAGGCAUCACCCGAGCGCCCUGUCUGCGAUGUUCCGUUUGGAGUCAUUAGACGAGACCGCACUUGAUAAGAGUAUGAGCAUUUUCAACGAAAGCUUGACCAGAUAUUUUGAUCAAGCAGCAGAGAUUGCUCGAGACGAAACGACUCUCGACGAGUCUUACCAAGCAAGUCUUACUGAUGCCAAAUUCCGCAUCGAGCGCCACAGUUGCUCAACGACAGCGACCUCGGACGGACAAGCACUGAUCAAAGUUCCGACAUCGAUACAUGCCGAAUGCAAACUACUGAACGCGCUACUGGACAGGCUAGAAACGUUGUUCUCGAAUGACACGUUGACAAAUCUUGGGUUGACACAGUGCAUCAUGGAUGUCGCAGCAUGCGAGAAUAUCUCGGUGCACGGUUGGCUGGUUCCACUCCGCUCUGAGCCCCCUCACAGGAAUGUUACCUCUGUGAUUGAGAAAUUAAAUCAGCAGAUCAAGCGAUGGCGAGGAUUCUUCCCGGAGUGGGACAAUCUUAUCGCCAAACGCAGGGACGAGCUGUCUGAAGCAGACUCAGGUUCAGAUGUUCGCUCACCUUCAGGUCCCUCAGAUCCUGUGGUCAAAGCGCAAAGUACCCCGCCAAGAUCGAUUCAGGGCUCGCGGCCUGUAACGCCAACGACAGCAACGAGAGGCCGUCCACUCGCAAAUGCACCUACAUUUGGUUCCAUUGACAACACGAUAGCUUCGAGUCCAACGCCUAACCCGCGCACGCCGUUGGCUCAAAGGCCGCUGGCUGGUAGUCCUCUCCGGCAAGCGUACUUUUCGCGCAACGAAUCCUCCAGCAGCCCUUCUCGGCUCGAGCGAUCUGCGUCUCAAAAGGCGACCGAACUCAACGAUUCGCCGGCUAGUGAGGUGUCGAUGAACAAAGCUUCUGAGAAUGAUUUAGAAGCAUUGUUGAAGACGAUGAUUACGUUGGACAUUGAAUCGGGUGAUAUGCCCGAGGAGUCUUCGCCGCUACUACCUGUGCAUGCAGGCAGGUCUCACGAGGAUGGCAGAUCUCCUACUGCCAACCGAAGUCUUCUGACUCCUGGUGAUGGCCUGGGAGGUUCUGGAACGGUGACACCUACGCCGAGCGCGGUUGAGAGCGAGGAUCGAGACAAUAAGCGGGAGAUCAGUCUCAGUCACAUUUUGACGAAUGCAGUGAUUUUGCAGGAGUUCAUUCUCGAAAUAGCUGCCAUGGUGCAGAUUCGCGGAACAAUGAUCGGUGAGGUCGACCUGGCCUAA